AUGUAUGGGAACAAAGUUUUGGGUUUAUUUUCUUUAGUGUUAUUAUCGUUACAAGUUACAACUGGCGGGUCAAAAGAUGGUAGCCGCGUCAAACGCUUGCGCGCUGACAACAUAGCCGUGGCUCGAGAACCUGCACAAGCACUCGACGCGCCAGAGCCUGAACCCUCACCAGUUCCGGUACCUUCAGCUUUCCUCAGUCCCUCUGUGAAGGAGUAUCUUGAAUUAGGGAUGGCGAUACCAGGGAAACCUGGUACAGACUACCCCGUGCUGGGAGCAGUGCCAUAUACCAACUUCUAUUGCGAUGAGCAGGCGUAUCCUGGUUUUUUUGCCGAUAUGGAGACGCGCUGUCAAGCAUGGCAUUACUGCGACAUCGACGGUCGCCAGGCGUCAUUCCUGUGCCCCAACGGGACCGUGUUUUCGCAAGGAGUAGCAUCUUGUGACUGGUGGUUCAACGUGCGAUGCGCCUUGUCGCCUGCACUGUACCCACUAAACGCUCGGCUCUACCGGCGACGGAGGAAGCAAAAUAGACCGAAACCUCAUAGGCUGAUAGAUAAGAAACUAGUUGAUGAAAUCUUUCUGUAA